GUUAUGUUUCGGUUUGCACACGACCGUUGCCGCAUUCGACGAGCCACAUGUACCGUACAUACCCGUUUGUAGACGAUUGAUGAUAUUCCUGUUUGCGUUUAAUGGUGAAAGGCGCACUCUUCAACGUGGAGUCCACGAGUGAUCUUGUGAAUUCUGUGUCAGUCCGAUUUUGCAACACUCCGUUUCUUCCUGCUCUAGCAAAGUGAGCAUGCCCGUACGCGCAGUCACCAACGAAUCAAAACCUGAUCUUCACAUUACUAAAUUGCACAUUCUAAUUGAAAAACAUGCCAAGCUUUGUAAUUUUCUUUGUGGAUGUUCGUGAAAGCCGACGGCUGAAUUUGCCCGAUCAUAUUCCUUCGCCAUUCGGGACGCUAUGCCGUGUCGUGUCCGGUUAUGGCAGCCCAAAUAUGGACCCAUUCCGGAACUUCCGGAUGAUGUGGGCAGAUGAGGACAACAACCUGAUGCCACUGUUGUCCGACCGCAUGUUGAUAGAUGCUCUGCGGCGUCUUAGUCCACGGGCACCUCUGCAUGUCUACGUCAAAGGAGUUCGACCUCCACCGGAAUUUAUGGGAAAUGGAGCAAUUAGAAGCCGGUCCAACAGUCUGACUCUGCGUGCGGCUAACCGGCCUAUGAAUUCCAACAAUAAGGAUCGGAUGGUGCAGGAACACCUCUCCAGGCCAUAUGGGCCAAUGCCAACUAAAGCUGACAACACUCGGUGGAUGCCGGCGGCCGGCAUGAACCGAAAUAAUUUUGAAAGGAAGGGAAAGGAUUUCAGGGUGUCAUUAAUGCCCGAAGACCCCACACUGGCAGAACUAGUGGACAAUGUCCGACAAAAUUUAGAAGCCGCUCUGAAAUCGGUGCAGUUCUGCGCGGCACCAGUGCCAAAUCAUGAAGAAACUCACAACGAAAGCAUUGAAAUUCCUAUUGUUCCGGUGACCGCUGUUCCUGACCCUGAGGACACCAGAAGCCCGCAAACUGAUACAGCGGAUGUGCUGAAAAGCGGACAGAAUGAAGAGCCAAAGGAAAAUGACCUUUUGGACGCACUGGAUGAGGGUGCAGCCACUCCGCGUCCCUGUUCUUCGGCGAGUGGAGAGUUCAUGAUACUGACACCUAGCACUGAUUCAUGUCCCAUUGUUGUGGGUGAGAGGGAAUUCGAGGCCGUCUUCUCCGAAUUCGACAGCGAGUUUGAAGUUGUGGACGCGCCUGACGAGUGGGAUUCCGAUGUGGAUGUCGACUGGCGUUCGUUGUCAUUUAGUAAAAGUCUAAACGAGCCUGCCUGAAAGCUUUUGUUAAGUUGGGUGCACCGUGAAAACAGUUUUUUGAAUUAUUACUUUUUAUUUACUGCAAUUUGCGUAAACGCUUUUGCUCUUCCUGUUAUACUUUUUAGUAAGUCGUUUGGUAAUUCGGUGCGCACUGCGUACCUGGCUGUAUGUGUUAUUAUAUAGAUAUAAUUAGCUACAGUCAUAUGCUGUACUGUGUAGUUGUCGGCAAAGAUUUUUUUGUUACCUUUAAUUCUGAAAUCUAAGUUCGUCAACAAAUUUUUGUGUUAUGGGGUUAUAUGUGUCAGGUUUGCGAGUUAAGGAGAGCACUACAGUUAUGUAUUUCACAUAACGAAAUUACGUUGUCGCAGAA